AUCCUCCGCUCCCAAACGAAGCCAAAACUUCCGCCGGUCUAAUCAGUCUAAUCUUGACUUUCAGAGUACGAAAAAGUGCUGGAAUUCGAGCAAGAUUUGAGCUCCAAACUACAAAAUCAGAGUACAAAUUAGCAGACUGUGACUGAUUAAUUGCAGAGGCCAAAGACGAGGCGGGACCUGAACUCUUCACUCGUUGGAUAACGUGGUAAAAUUAGUAGUCCACCAUGUGUCGUACAAGGCUUCUGGGAUGGACACGUCUGCUGGAGUUUUCUGCAGUUUGUGUCCUACUCCUUAACGGGUACAGCAGCCAAGAAUGUAGCUUGCACCGCUUCAUCCAAGACGACCAUCGCCGGGUACUUGCCGCCAACUCUACCAAUAUGGUGAGCUCAUAUAAAAAAAUCUGGGAAAUUGUAUAUCAGGGAGUCUGGGGUCAAUCCUCGACCUGUAUGUGCAGCAGGAAAUUGGAUGUUCACAGUAGUGAAUGCUUGAAAAAGAUUAAACAUGAUUCUGAGCUCCAAAGUCUGUUCAAGAUACUUGAUGCUAGCUUCUUUAGUGAUAAUAAGGUACGGGAUAUUGAAAAGGCAGCAAAAGAGUUUAAUGUUCCAAUUAUCAAAACCAAUCGAAAGUUAGUGGCUUCUGAAAAUGGAGGAUUGCAUUAUCCAUCUUAUUUGGUUUUCAACCCUGCACGGACAAAUGAAAGUUUACAGCAGGCGACCAAGAGGUUCAGUCAUCCUUCUCUUGAAGGUGUAAGGAGGCCAAAAAGUGAUGAAGAUAUUGCCUUCAUGAGUGUCCUUGAAUUGGGGCAACUCAUUAAAACAAAACAAAUUACGUCAGAGGAGCUAACGGGGAUCUUUAUAAGGAGAUUGAAAAGGUAUGGUCCUGUCCUUGACUCAGUAGUCACUAUCACUGAGGAAUUAGCAUACAAGCAGGCAAAAGAGGCCGAUCAUUUACUUGUGAAAGGCAAAUACCUUGGUCCUCUACAUGGGAUUCCAUAUGGAUUAAAGGACAUCAUUGCAGUCCCGCAUUACAGGACGACUUGGGGCUCAAAGACUUUUAAAGAUCAAGUUCUUGAUAUUGAAGCUUGGGUGUAUAAAAGGCUGAGGUCUGCUGGGGGAGUUCUUGUUGCAAAACUCGUUUCAGGGUCACUGGCGUACGAUGAUAUCUGGUUUGGAGGCAGGACAAGGAAUCCUUGGAAUAUUGAGGAAUACUCCACUGGUUCAUCUGCUGGACCAGCUGCUUGCACCUCUGCAGGUAUGGUUCCAUUCGCUAUUGGUUCAGAAACAUCUGGUUCCAUAACUUACCCUGCUGCUCGUUGUGGGGUGACUGCACUGCGUCCCACAUUUGGAACUGUUGGUCGAACUGGUGUUAUGAGCAUAUCUGAGAGCUUGGAUAAAUUAGGCCCUUUCUGCAGAAGUGCAGCAGACUGCACAAUCAUUCUGGAUAUGAUACGAGGAAAGGAUCCGGAAGAUCUUUCAUCCCAGGAUAUUCCAUUGGUGGAUCCAUUUACAGUGGACAUAACAAAGCUAACUGUUGGAUAUCUGGAGGAUGCUGAGAUGGAAGUUGUUGAUGUGCUUAAAUCAAAGGGGGUGAACAUGGUCCCCUUUAAGCUGAAUUACACUGUUGAAUCUGCACAAGGCAUCUUGAAUUUUACAAUGGACGUUGACAUGUUGGCCCACUUCGAUGAAUGGCAGCGUGCUAACUUGGAUGAUCAAUAUGAAGCUCAGGAUCAGUGGCCUCUUGAACUUCAACGAGCACGUGUUAUACCUGCAGUAGACUAUGUGCAGGCACAAAGAGCGCGGGGGAAACUUAUACGGGAAGUUAAAGAAAGUUUCAGAGUUGAUGCAUUUGUUGGAAAUGCCACAGAUUGGGAAAGAGUGUGUGUGGGCAACCUUGUAGGUAUACCUGUUAUUGUUGUUCCUGCAGGAUUUAAGAAGAUAUCCGAUCCACCAACAGCAGACACCCGAAGGAGAACUACAAUCACCACCGGUAUUUAUGCUCCGCCAGCGCACGACCAUAUUGCUCUCGCAUUGGCAAUGGCUUACCAGUCAGUAACUGAUCAUCACAAACAGCGUCCUCCUAUUGAUGACCUUGGACCUAAUGACUCGGUUCCUAAUCCACCCAUUAAACAAAUACCUCCACGGCAAUUACGCGGUUGAAGCUAUUGAUCCGGUACCCCUCUUCUUAUUAUAGUCUAUAUAACUUGUGAUGCAUGAUGGUCAAUAUGACUGCACCAUCAGAAUUUUAUAUAAGCUACCAUAUGUAUUUUUGUUUGACCUAAAGAAAUUCCCUUUUUUUUU